GGAAAACACAGGGGCGUUUGUUUGACAACCUGUUGUUGAAUUCAGUUUCUAUCAUCAGCCAAAGUAUUUCAUAGACAGUGUGGAGAGCGAGCUGACGGGUUGUGCACGUUGAAAAAUCAAAAUAAAACGGAUUUGAAAGUUGCCCGAAAAAACUUUUCAGGAGGGAGAAAAAAGUAGAAGUUUGGACCAGCAGAGCUCAGGUGAAGCUUCAACAGUGGGAUUUUAUCAGCGAGGACUGUGAGCUGAGGUCGCCGCAAACACAACAACAGUGGACGUGGACUCGUGUGGAUCUACAAAGGCCCCGGCUCCGGCCUCAGGCCCGGUGUUUCUCUCGGGUCGGGCAGCCGACGGCGUCCUGCGGAGGCACAAGCGGUACAACACGGGGGUGUUUGAGGAGCUGCUGGAAGGCAAUUUGGAGAGGGAGUGUAUUGAGGAAGUGUGUGACCUGGAAGAGGCCAGGGAGACCUUUGAGGACGAUGCAAAGACGAUGGAGUUCUGGGCAGGAUAUGUAGAUGGCAAUCAGUGUAAGCCAAGUCCAUGUCUGAACCAGGGCUCGUGCACAGACCACCUCGGCUCCUUCACCUGCACAUGUCCGCACGGCUUCACCGGCAGGGAAUGUGAGAUCGUUGUAGCAAAAAGAUGUGACGUGAACAAUGGCGACUGUGUGCACUUCUGUGAGACGAUAGGAACCUUUGGAGCUAAAUGUUCCUGUGCGACAGGAUACAGGCUGAUGCAGGAUGGGGUCACCUGUGAACCAUAUGUUGAAUUCCCGUGUGGCAGAACUGCUCUGACAGCAUUGAGUUCCGUAUCUAAGAGGUCGCUGCUCGGCCGUAUGAACACGAGGCUGGAGAACAGCACUUCGCUGAUCAACGUUAGCACCACAUCUCCUCCCUCUACAACAGCGGCCACUACCACCACGUCUUUUUCAGCCACAACUGAUUCUGUAGAAACCCACUUUCGUAAGAAGCUGCCGUGGUGGGUGUACAGUGACGCAGAGGCCCCCACUGAGGAACCGGUUCGUCCCUAUAAACGAAUUGUAGGUGGCAUGGUGGUCACGCCGGGAGAGAUCCCAUGGCAGGUGGCCUUGAUAUUUCAUCCCAGUGGGGAUUUAUUCUGCGGGGGCUCCAUCCUCAGUGAGAGAUGGGUGAUCACUGCUGCUCACUGCCUGGUGGAGGUCAGAGGCCCCUUCUUGGUCAGAGUGGGAGAGUACAACAUCCACAUCAACGAGGGCACCGAGCAGGAUUCUGAGGUGUUGAGGCAGCACAUACACCCGCGUUACAACGCCAGUGUAAGCGUGUACAACCACGACAUUGCCCUGCUGUACCUCAAAACCCCCAUCACCUUCUCCACAACGGUGCGACCCAUCUGCAUAGGGCCCAAGUCCUUCACAGAGGCCCUGGUGAAGGCCGCCUCCCCGGCGACGGUCAGCGGCUGGGGCCGGACGCGCUUCCUCGGAGCCAUGGCGAACACGCUGCAGAAGGUCGAGGUUCCCUUCGUAGAUCGGACACAGUGUAAGCACAGCAGCAGUGCCAGGAUCACCCCUGUGAUGUUCUGUGCAGGAUACUAUCAUGAGGCCAAAGAUGCCUGUCAGGGCGACAGUGGAGGUCCUCACACAAACAGCAUUGACGACACGUGGUUCCUGACAGGCAUCGUGAGCUGGGGGGAAGAAUGUGCAAAGGAUGGGAAAUAUGGCGUGUAUACCCGGGUGUCACUUUACUACCGCUGGAUUAGCUAUGUCAUGGGAUUAACUAAACACAGGCUGGCAUUUGAUGUGGAAGAUCCUGACCAUUAAAUUUGAAGAGCAUGGAUUUAAAGUUUUUAAUUUAAAGAUUAAGAGUUUAAAGUCAGAACUCAAAUAUUUUUUUAUGUGUGGCCCUAAUCCUCUUCCGUAGUUGCAUGACAAAGGAAAUUUGUUUUUUUUCUUUUCUUGAUGCUUUAAAUAUAGAAGGAUGUUAAAAUAUUGCAUGUUUUGGAUUGUAAUCAUUUGGUAUGCAAUUUGUGAAUUUAAGAUUAAAACUUUCAAGCAACUCAACUGAAACUGAGUGUAGUUACAAAACACAUUUAGAUAUGUGAAACUACUAUAUAUUACUAUAUAUAUACACAUAUAUGGUGUAAUUACAUUGACUGAAUGACUAAUAAAUUCCAUCAUAACAACAUACGAC